GAGACGCGGAAGCCGAGGGCUGAGGCGGAGAGGCUGCCGCCCGCGUCCCCGUGGCCGUGGCAACGCCGGAGGCGCCGAACGAGGCCUCGGCGGGCCAGGCCCCGCGCCCCGCCCCGCCCCAGCUCCCGCUCGCGGCGGAGAAUGAGUUGGAGCGGGCCGGGCCGGGAGGAUGGGGCUGAGGAUGGAGAGCGGCAGCAGGCGGAGCCAAGCGAGCGAAUACCCAACUGUUGGCAUUCCCAAAUGUGGUCCAGCAAGUCCAUUUAAAGGACACUUGAGUACUAAGAGUAACGCUUUCUGCAUCGACUCCUCUCGAAGUCUAACUAGCCAGUACCUCAUCAGAGAUCACAUGGUGGUUCAUUUUAACAAAAUCCUUUCAGCCAAAGCUGCCGUAGACUGUUCAGUGCCCAAAAGUAGACUGGCCAACAUCAAGCUUGCUGACCAGCAAAGAAGAGAGAAAUUGAAAAAGAAGAUAGCUAGGUGUGAAGAGGAAAGGAGUGUGGGUAAAACUGCCUCCCGAUCCAGCUCAAGAGAGAGUGGACGGCUGCUGCCAUCCUCUUUUGGAAAGAGCUUCUUGGCAGCAGAAGACAAAGAUGUUCCCUUCCCCUGUGCUCGGCAGGCACAGUACCUACCAGGAGCGCUCUCUCCUUACAGCGAGCAUGGCUUGGUUCACUCUGCUCCAGUGCACUACGCCAGAAAAGGUUCUCGGAAUCCAUCUAAUGCCUCAAACUCGACCUCAAGUGUCAGUUCUUCAAGCACACCAAGAAAACGCUCUGGACUUUCAUGCAAUUACUCCACUGACAGUUUUGUCAGCAUUAGUCAUUCCCAGAGGUGUCAAGGAAGCAACCCCAAAGUAUGCAGUGGGGAUCUUCUGGACAGGCAUUCGGAAUUCUUUACUGAUAGCCAAAAACCUUUUACUCCACGUACAUUAAUAUCAGGUGCUAAAUCUUUCCUGUCAGAGUACAGAUAUUACACUCCUGCCCGGAGGAAAAGGACAACUCACUGCAAGCAGCACGUGGAAGCGCAAACACAGACCGAUGUGAUCAGCUUUCCAUCUUCAGACAAAGCAUCUGAGAGCAAAGUUAAGACUGAAGAGCAGAAGAUCACAUUGAAGGCUGAAGAUAGGAGAUACACUGUGAAUGAGCCUGAGAGGGGAACAGCUGCUUUGCCAUACUCCUUCCUAAGAGAGACAUCAUUGUAUUCUCAGCAGUUUUCAGCAAGGAGUAUUGUGGAGGCUGAAGAGGAUGAGCUUUUAUAUUUAGCUUUCAUUGAAGAUGUAACCAAUGAAAUUCUUAACCUUGGGCUCUUUUCUAACAGAGUUCUGGAAGAACUGUUUGAGUGUCACAUACAAGAAAACAAGAACCACUUAAAUGAGAGCAAAAUGCGCCACUUGUUGGAUGUAUUGAAGGCAGACCUUAGCUGCAGCCUAAGCAGCAGCACAGAGCAAAUCCACACAGGCUGGGAAGCCUUUGACUCACUGGAUCUACAAGAGUUUGAUAGGAUGGAAGAGCUCGAGCUUAUCAAUGAAGGAAGUCAGAUGCAAAGAAAAGCUACAGAAGGUGAAGAGUUCUUUGGGACCAUGGAUUCACCACUGAAGGAACCAAACCAGUGUGAAUCAUCAGUAAUCAGGGAAAGUUCAAAGCAGACACAGAGCAAGGAUGACUUUUCACAAGAUGUCACUGAAAUGAUGGAUGCUGUGACAGAAUCUGAUUCUUCUGUGAAAGCUGAGGAGAACCUGGACACUUCACCCUCAUGCGAGGCAGCUUUAAACUUGGUCACUUGUGGCAGUGAUUUGGAAGCCACCAAGGAAAUUGAUGAACUUGAGGAAAGCUUUGCAGAGGCCCUUCAUAUCUCACAUGAUUAUCCAUAAUAGUAGCCAAAACUCAGGUAUUAAAUAAUGACAGAGCUAGUUCUAUGGAGAACUGUUGUUUCUUAAACAGAAGUAAAUUAUCUGAUUCAUUUUCAGUUUACUUCUGUUUAAAUGAUGCCAAAAUCUCUCUAGCAGAGUACUGUCAGUUGGGCAUUAAUCAAUCUCUGUAUUAACAUAAGAGUCCAAAGCAUAUCAUGUCUGUUAUUAAAA